AUGUCAAGUAGUGCGAAAAGGUCGGGUGUUUGGAAAUACUUUGUGGAGGUUGAUAAAAACAAAUCUAAGUGUAAUUUGUGUGGAGUUCAACUAUCACGUGGAGGUAUGGGAAAAACUGCGACUACUUCGUCCAUGAAAAGACAUUUGCAGACUAAACAUAAGUCGGAGUAUGAAGAGGUUUUUGGUACUACAAGUAUUGCUUCAAGUAGCAAAGAAUUUGUCUCUCAGUCCAGUCAAUCACAAGUGAGUGGUUUUUUGAAGCAGCCGUCUUUAGAAGAUAUGUUAGAAAAGAAAAAGUUGUGGGAUAUUAAUGAUUCUAGAGCAAAGAGGUGCCAUUAUUUAAUCGGUGAAAUGAUCGCAGUGGAUAACGAGCCAUUUUCUAUCGUGGAAAGUCAUGUAGGGUUUCGCCGGUUUGUCAAUAAUAUUUUACCGCAGUACGAGAUACCAAGCCGAAUAUAUUUUAGCGAAAAUGUAAUUCCAGAUAUAUAUAACAAAGUGGUGAACAAUAUCAAGUCAAGAUUGGCACCGGUCAACCACAUCUCUUUUACUACAGACAUGUGGACAUGUCAAACUAACAAAACUUGUUUCCUCAGUUGUACUGCCCAUUGGUUAGAAGAAAGUUAUAUGCUUGGUCAUGCAGUGCUAGAUAUAAAGGUUUUCCCAGAGAGUCAUACGGCAGAAAACAUAAAGAAAAGCUUACUCGAUUCGGUUUCCGAUUGGAACAUACCAGCUACGAAAGUACGUGCCGUUGUACAUGACAAUGCAGCAAAUAUAACAAAAGGUGUGAAAGACGCAAACUUCCCUUCUUUUCGUUGUUUUAUUCACACUCUGCAAUUAGUAAUUAAUGACGCUAUAGACGCUAAUACUUCUGUUAAAGAAACAAUUUCUGCUGCUCGACGAAUCGUGACACAUUUCAAUCACAGUGGUUAUAACAAACUUCACGAGAUUCAAGAGGAACUUGGCCUUCCAAAAAAGAAACUACAUCAAGAUGUUAUUACCAGAUGGAACUCAACUUAUUAUUUACUGGAACGUAUUAUUGAACAGAGACGAGCUAUUUCUGUCUACUUCGCAGAAUCUCGAAAUUUGAAUUUUGAAAACUUGUCAAGCGAUCAAUGGGAAAUAGUGUUGCAGUUAAUCAUAUUAUUGAAACCUUUUGAAGAAGUGACGAAAAUAACUAGUAGCACGUAUUCUCCUAUUUCCGAUGUAAUUCCGCAUGCUGUCACAUUGAUGAGAUAUUUACGAAAAGAAGAACUGUCGGAGAAAACGUAUCAAGUUGAUGAUUUUAGAAAUGCCCUCGUAAGCAAUAUGAACAAAGUCACGCGUUUCAAUCUUGAAUAUUUGUUUGAAAACAGAACUUAUCUCCUUUCGACCUUUUUAGACCCACGCUACAAAAUCAACUUUUAUAAUGCUUAUCAAGCAGAUCAAGCUCGCAAGGCUGUCCUAAGAGAAGCUCUAAAAAUAUCGCUAGACACAGAAGAUGAUGAACUUGUCAUUGAUGCAGAGCCAGCAGAAAAAAAAGCUAGAAUGAUAGAUAGAGAUCAUACUGCUUCUGAAGCUCAUAAUCUAUUCUGGGAAUGUUUUGAAGAAGCCGCUGACGCAUCAACUAGUUACCAGCCUAAUGAUCCUAAGAAUUCCGCUGCAGCAGAGUCUCGUCGAUUGCUUUCCACUACUGAAAUAGCUGAUGCCCUCGAAGCUUUGGAGGAGGUGGAAGACAUUCAAGGUAUAGAUGUUUAUAUAGAUUCACCAUGUAACGGUGAAAUUUCUGAUGGUGACUCGGGGGAAGAAGACUGUUGCGAUUUUGAUAGAUUGAAUCGGCACCAGCUUCUCGCGCCUGCUGAGCUAGUAAUUCACACGUCGAAAGAUGACCAGCAUGUUGAAAUCGAGGCUAUUGAACCUGAAAUCUCUUCUUCUACUCCUGCUAAAACUCGACGUAUGCCUAAAAAGUCUUAA